UCCCAGACAUAUAUUUCAAAUUCUGAAAUCUAAAAAUCUAUGAUUAUUUAUGUAAAAAAUAAGAAUAUAAAUUAUUGCAAUUUUUUUUAAUUUGAAAAGAGUGAGAUAAACAUAAACCAUUUUAAUACAUAUGAAUUGUGUGAUUAUUUGUGGGUGAUCGUAUUUAUUAGUUUUAUUAUUUAAAUUACAAAACAGUCCUCAGCUGCGGUGUCAUAUGUCCACCACAACAAACAAUUUUGCCCCAUUAAUGUUUUUCGAAAAUAAGUUUACGUUUACCAAGGGCAACAGUGCCAAUGACGACCAUUUUUUUAAGAUAAAACAUGGGACAUGAUGUAUAAAGAAAACAGAAGACAUCUCUCGGGGACACGAUGCUGUAUGGAGUUAGUGUUCAGUGGCUCUGCGCAGAUUUGCGAGCAUCAAAACAACAACAGAAAAGAACGCGGUCAGUGAAUGAAAUCGUGUCAUGGAGCGCCAUCUAGUGGACAAGUGACGUUUACACACUUUUACGGGUGCGCGUGGAAACGUUCAUUGGCUCUUAUUGCAGUCAAUCAACAUUUUCUUCCGGCCAAAAUAUUCCGGGAAAGUUGAGCGCUGACAACAGCACAAGUCUUUAUGUUAAGUCGACUUGGAUAAAACAAAUUCUGACAGCAUGAGGACAUUAGAAGAGGUUCAAGCCACACUACAAAUCGCUAAAGUAAAAGAAGAAGACCUGCAGCCCGUCAGUUACUGUCUUUCUUUCGGAGACUAUGUAUCUACUACUGUCUCAUGGAGCUGGAUGAUACACUUUGCAAACACAUUGAAGCAGACAAGAAGUUAGUUAUUAUUACUUCCCUUUAAGCUGUAAGAGCAACUUACCAUCUCAGUAUUAAUAAUUAAGCCAGAAAUUCAUUUCGAAACCGUUUGAGUAAAAUGUGGUGUUGUGGAAUCAUUCAUCUGUCGUGAUGUCUAGAUUUCUCAGUAGUCUAAUAAUAAGAGGCGAUAAAGACGAGCAUGCAGUUCUGUGCAGUGAAGACAAGACACGUCCAAUCUGCUGCUGUUUGUCCCUGGAUGUAAAUCUCCAGAUCAACAGAUCUCAGCAUCUCCUCAGCUCAUGCAUGCACAGAUUUGGGGGUUUUCAAAUUGUUACUGGGAGCUGAGAAGACAGAGACCAAGGUUAAAGAAGUUGAAGAAACUUCUGAUGGAGAAUCCGUAUGAUGGUCCAGCGGUGGGUAGCUAUGCAGGAGGAGGCGCCGGGACUGAAGGAUUUUGGAGGAUCCUGGAUUUUGAUUAUGAGAUGAAGCUCCUAGGUCAUGUGACCCAGCUGGUGGACUCAGAGUCUUGGUCUUUCAGCAGAGUUCCUCUCAGUGCCUGUCUGGAAGAGCUGGGAUCCUUUGAGCCAAAAGCCAUGAUAGAACACUGUCUGAACUGUUAUGGAAGACGCUACAGUAUUGAAGAUGGUCAGGUGAUGCACGCACUGGAUGAGGACAAAGUAUGUAGGGCCACAGCUCAGCUGCUCCUGCAAAAUGCUGUGAAGUUCAACCUGUCAGAGUUCCAGGAGGUUUGGCAGCAGAGUGUUCCUGAGGGAAUGAGUGCAAGACUGGAUCAGCUCCGGGGUUUAGCUCUGUUAGAUCGAAGCACUAAACCAGAGACCAUCUCACUGCUGCGGGAAGAAGAUCUGCCUGAGGACACACUGGAGCGAUUCAACAGCCUCUUCAGCCUGAGAGAAAAAUGGAUGCAAGAUGAUAUCGAACCCUACAUACAAUCUCAGUGUUCAAGACCACCAGCUAUACAAGUAAUCAUACAUACCAGAAGUGAAGAUUGGACUGUGUCUGAUGGGACUGUACACUUCUCACAAUAUGACCUUGCUGUCAUUCGUGGUCAUCUUGAUUCUGACAUUCCACGCUUGUCUGAGUGAGCCAGACAUGCUGCACCCAUCUCAGCCCUGCACCAAAGCAGAAAACGAGACUGGUUACAACACUUUUCUUAAACGACACAUCCGCGAAGGCACACCAACCGAUCUGAAAAAAGAAAACUGGAAGAAGUUCAUUAACAGCAUCAACACCUGGAACAGGAUGACUCAGUCAUUCUUUCCCUUCAGUGAGAAAAACCGGGUGGAAGCUGUGUGUUCAUCAGGAGGACAGAUGUUGAAGAAGAACCUCUGCAUCAGCAAGAAGUCUUUUUCCUUCAUCACUGUUAAGAUUGACAGUAAGGAGAAAAAAAUCAAAAGUGUCAAACGUCAAAAACAGCAUGUUAUUCUUGCCUGUGAUAAAUUUGGAAACAAAU